CAGACCUAAGUUUUCAAGGAUGAGGCAAUUUAAGGAGGAAUCAUAUUUCAAUGUCACACAAGCCAUUGACUUAAUGUCAGCGGUGAAGGAAUUAAAUAAAUUAAGUUCUCAGGAACUUAGUAAACUAUUGAGGGACUCGGAGAAUUUUGCAAUACACUACUCAUCUGAAAGCAACAUGCAGAUGACGAUUGACGUAGAAAAGCUUGCAUGCUUCCUUCCUUUGCACCUCAUGGCUGUUCUUAUGUCAUCUGACCGAGAUGAGGCGUUGUUCAAAUAUCUACUAUGUGGUGUGCGGCUCUUGCAUUCCCUAUGUGAUUUAGCACCUCGACAUGCUAAACUUGAGCAGAUUUUGCUAGAUGACGUAAAAAUGUCAGAGCAGCUGCUUGACCUGGUGUUUUAUAUGCUUAUCGUUCUUGGAGGUUUCAAACAGGAAAAUUACCAAUCUGAUGCCAUUUCUGUGGCACAUUCGUCACUGGUUGCAUGUAGUCUCUAUCUAUUAACAGGAUGCAUCUCAUCACAGUGGCAAGAUCUUGUUCAUGUAUUGAUUGCACAUCCAAAGGUAGACAUUUUUAUGGAGGCAGCUUUUGCUUCAGUUUUCCAGAGUGUUAAAGUUUUGGACCUCAGGCUGUCAGCUGAGAAUUCUGAUUCCACGUGCACAGUUCCAAUUGCAGAACUAAUUAACUAUCUAUGCCUUCAGUGUGAAGCUUCUUUACAGUUUCUCCAGACACUUUGCCAACAAAAAGUGUUCCGUGAGCGUCUAUUGAGAAAUAAGGAACUUUGUUGUAAAGGUGGUGUACUGUUUCUUGCUAGAGCCAUCUUGAAUUUAAACGUUUCCCAACAUCAUCUUCAAUCUUCUAGAGUUAGUGCUACCUUAUCUAGAUUGAAAGCAAAAGUUCUUUCAAUUCUUCUGAGUCUAUGUGAAGCAGAAAGUAUUUCGUAUCUUGAUGAAGUUGCCAGUACACCGAGAAGCUUGGAUUUUGCAAAGUCUGUUGCGUUACAGGUUCUUGAGCUAUUGAAGAAUGCACUUAGUAGGGAUUCCAAAAAUUUAGCUUCUUGUUCAGAAAAGAGGUACCCAAUAGGGUUUUUGCAACUCAAUGCUAUGCGCCUGGCUGAUAUCUUCUCAGAUGAUUCCAAUUUUCGAUCUUACAUCACCGUUAACUUUACUAAGGUUUUGACAGCAGUGUUUUCACUCUCCCAUGGAGAUUUUCUAUCCAGCUGGUGUUCUUCUGAUCUCCCUGUUAAGGAAGAAGAUGCAACUCUUGAAUAUGAUUCUUUUGCAGCAGCUGGCUGGGUUUUGGAUAAUUUUUUUUCAUUGGGCAUUCUACAUCCAAAAAAUUUGGACUUUACCUUGAUUCCAAGCACUAUGGCCCCAGCUUCCUAUGCACAUCAGAGAACAUCGUUAUUUGUCAAAGUAAUUGCGAAUCUCCACUGUUUCGUUCCAACCAUCUGUGAAGAACAGGAAAGAAAUCUAUUCCUUCAUGGAUUUGUCGACUGUUUAAAAAUGGAUAUUGUCAAAUCAUUACCUGGACUUUCUGUUACCCCUGACGGUUCAAAAGCCGCCAAUGUUUGCAGGAAUCUGCGUUCACUGUUGAGCCAGGCAGAAUCUUUAAUUCCUAAUUUUUUAAAUGAAGAGGAUGUUCAGCUCUUAAGAGUGUUCUAUGACCAAUUACAGAAAGCGAUUACUUGUUCUGAAAUUGAAGGAAAUAGAGUUCAGGAUGCGCUAAGUGUGGAAGGCUGCUUGCCAUCUUUAGGGAAAGAACUUCCACAUCAUGAUAAUGGAAAUGGUAAUAUGAAGGAAGAAGGAAUGUCCGAGACUUCUGCUUGUCACGAAACAGAAAACUGUGCUGAGACUGAACGAGGUGAUCAGGGUGAUGCUGUGUUGAACGGGCUUAAAGCUAAGGAUGAGGAUGAAUCUGAUAGAAAAGCAUCUGGAGGUCCAAAAGGGGACGAGAGAGAUAUACAGACCGUUGAAACUAGUGGAUCUGACACAAAUUCUGCUAGAGGAAGGAAUAGUAUUCAGCCAAUGGACAUUGUUGAUUCUUCCAAGUCCAAUGAGAAUGCCAAAGAAAUUGAACAAAGUGGAAAUCUAGAGGAAGAGAAGGUUGAAAAUGUUCACAGUGAAGAGAAGCAUAGAAGAAAACGUAAACGUACUGUAAUGAACGACAAGCAGAUCACGAUGAUUGAGAGUGCCCUCUUGGAUGAACCUGAAAUGCAGAGAAACCCAGCUUUAAUCCAGUUUUGGGCAGAUGAAUUAGUUCGUUAUGGUUCUGAGGUUACAUCAGCUCAACUUAAAAAUUGGCUGAACAAUAGGAAAGCGAGGCUAGCACGCACGGCUAGGGAUAUCCGUGCAACCUUAGAAGCUGACAGUGCAAAUUCAGAUAAGCAAGGGGGACCAACAGCUGGAUCUUGUGACUCACCUGAUAGCCCUUGUGAAGACAAACAACAUGUACCUAACACAGGACGAGAUCGAAGAAUGACUUCUAGAACUAAUACGUCCAACAACUCUAAGAAUUCAACCACUGAAUUCGACAUUGGUCCAACAGAAUUUGCUCACUGCAAGCCUGGCCGGUAUGUCAUGCUUGUAGACGUGCUCGGAGAGGAGGUAGCAAGAGGAAAAGUGCAUCAGGUACAUGGUAAAUGGUACGGAAGAAACUUGGAAGAACUCGAAACGUUUGUUGUUGAUGUUGAUGAAUUGAAGGCUGAUAAAAACACAGUUCUUCCAUACCCGUCCGAUGCCACGGGCACCUCGUUUCAUGAGGCAGAGGUAAAAAUUGGUGUUAUGAGAGUGUUGUGGGAUUCUAACAAAAUCUUCAUUCGCAGUCACAAUGAAGGGUAAACAAAAUCCCUUUCAGCACUAGCAGCAGCAGCAGCAGCAAAGCAAGUAUUUUGUGUGUCAUGAAAACUGUGAUAAUUCUCGAAGUGUUGUUUGUUUUACUAUGAGAACUAAAUUCAUGGUGGUUUUAGUUUAGGAUUUUCAGUUGUGAAUAAUAAAUAUUAGUUCUGUAUAAUAUUGAUCUCUGUUCUUUGCCUCAAUUGUAUCCUCUUUUCGUUC